ACGGAUCGAGUACUACGCCUGGGCACCACUCAGCUCGCGAGUCGCGGGCAUGCACUAACAUCCGAGUGCAGUCAUUAGCCCACACAGCAACCUCGUUACCACCUGGCCGGGGCGGUGGUGGUGCGGUGGUUAACGCUCAGCAGCUAGAAGUGCCUGGGUUGGAUUCCCGACUGCGGGAGCCCGUGGUGCGUUCUGCUGCUGCUGCUCUGCGCGGGGUUCCUCCCAUAUAUGUUGAUGUCACGUGUCGCGUUGCUAUGGGGGGGGGGGGGUGUUGCUCGAAACGUCGCCAGUUCUAUACUUUUCACACCCACGCCGCUAUUGACGACCGCGUUAAUAAAGGGUUGCGGCGACGUCACGUGGGUGCUGCCCCGCUCGAGCCGGCACCCACGUGGGCGGCGCGGGCUCCCGGCAUGCCCCGCGGCUCGGGGUCAGAUCCUCCCACAAUGCAGCGCGGUGCCCGGCAUCGCCGCCGCCGCCUCCUCGGAGAGAAUCGCGAAUAGAGACGGAGAACAGAGAGACAGAGAGGGACAGAGGGAACAAGAGACGCGUUCUCUCCAUCUCUCACGCGGGAGGGAGAGGGGUCGCGCUCAUCCCCACAGGGCUCGCUCGCUCUCGCUUCCGCUGCGUGAUGCUGCUCCUCCAUCGUGUCGCGUGUGUCGGAGAGCUCUGGGCUGUGUAGCUCCCACCCCUCUCUCUCGCUUCCUCUCUCUCUUGUCUCUCUCUUGACUCUGUGUGUGUGUGCUCGCGUCUCCUCCUCGCGAACGUAGCGGCGAGCUGCGCUGCGAUCAGGAACCCGGCAGAGACUACCCGAGUUCGAUUCCCGGCUCACGGACACUGACAGCGGUGACUGCGAUUUGUCUGAACCGGUCCUGGGGCCUCCUCCCCUAGGUCGACUCGGCCUCAAAUGAGAACCUGGUUGCGGUGUGUAAAAGAAUAAAACAAAUCCCAUCGCCGCUGGGGAGACAAAGGCGGUCGUGCGUGGUGCUCGCCACAUCACCGCCGUCCGCGUGCCGCUGUUCCUCCCGUUCGUAGGUGCUGCGCCUCGCAAACGGCGCUCGCCCCCAACGUUCUGUUGGAGGCUAUCAGGGGGACCUUUGUCUUUGGCCCCGGCUCUCCAUCCCCUUCCCGGCUCUCUCCAUCCCCUUCCCGGCUCUCUCCAUCCCCUUCCCGGCUCUCUCCAUCCCCUUCCCGGCUCUCUCCAUCCCCUUCCCGGCUCUCUCCACCGCUAGACAGCUCCUCGCUCCCUCCCCCGAGCCCCGCGUCUCACCCACCCGAACCCCCCGACAUCUUCUGCGUCUCCUUCGCUCCGUCUCUGUCACGUCGCCUGCUACGGACGCUCUGCCGCUCAUGCGACGAGGGGUUCGUCACGGGGCGCGGACAGAGUCGCAGUCGGACAGAGUCGCAGUCGGACAGAGUCGCAGUCGGACAGAGUCGCAGUCGGACAGAGUCGCAGUCGGACAGAGUCGCAGUCGGACAGAGUCGCAGUCGGACAGAGUCGCAGUCGGACAGAGUCGCAGUCGGACAGAGUUGGAGCUAUAGUCACAUUCAGACGUACACUCACACAGUCGGACACAUGUACAGCAGACACAGAAGCUACGUUCAUACCGGGCUACAGGCAGACGCAGCGCCUACAGCCGGACAGCUAUAGUCGUACAGUCAGACGCAGCUAGUCAAGUCGGCGACAAAGACAAAGGUCCCCCGUGUAGCCUUAACGGAUACGUUGGGGCAAGUGCUACUCGAGUCACUCUCACACCCACGCGCUGUAUAUGCCGCUGCCGGUGCUGAGACCGAGGCGGAGCUGGGCCGAAGAGGAGGUGGAGAGGAAGAGGAGGUGGUGACGAGGAGGCGGAAAGAGGUGUUGAAGAGGAAGAGGUGGUGGAGGAGGUGGAGAGGAAGAGGUGACGAGGAGGAGGAGGGGUGGUGAUGAGCGGCCAGAGUGGAUGCGCGCACGUGUGCGUCCUCAAGGCGGAGCAGGCACAAUGGAGGCAGCAGCUGCGAGUGAUCUACCAGUGGUUCGUGUGGAGCGCCACGGGGGAGGCGCGGCGCAGGAAGGCCCUGUCCUGCGUGUGCCAGCUGUGCGGUGCCCACUUCAGCCGCCUGCACUCGUGUCUCUACUGCGUCUUCUUCGGCUGCUUCGCUCGGCGCCACAUUCACGAGCACGCCAAGGCCAAGCGCCACCCGCUCGCAAUCGACUUGUACCACGGCACCAUCUACUGCUUCCAGUGCGGAGACUACGUGUACGAUCGCGACGCCGAGCAGAUCGCCAGGGAGGAGCAGCGCAAGGCCUGGAAACUGCAGGGACUGGGCGACCGCUACACCAGCUGGGAGCCAACGCGGCGGGAGCUCGAGCUGCUGCGGCAGAACCCCAAGAGACGCAAGAUUGCGCCCAACUGCACCAUCGGCCUGCGCGGCCUGGUGAACCUGGGCAACACGUGCUUCAUGAACUGCAUCGUGCAGGCCCUGACGCACACGCCGCUGCUGCGAGACUUCUUCUUGUCGGACCGCCACCGCUGUGAGAUGGAGAGCCCCGAGUCCUGCCUGGUGUGCGAGAUGAGCCGCCUCUUCCAGGAGUUCUACUCGGGGUUCCGCUCGCCGCACAUCCCCUACCGCCUGCUGCACCUGGUGUGGACGCACGCACGCCACCUGGCCGGCUACGAGCAGCAGGACGCUCACGAGUUCCUCAUCGCCGCGCUCGACGUGCUGCACCGACACUGCAAAGGGGACGACAACGGAAAGAAAGCCAACAACCCCAACCACUGCAACUGCAUCAUCGAUCAGAUCUUCACGGGCGGCCUGCAGUCGGACGUCACCUGCCAAGUCUGCCAGGGCGUGUCCACCACCAUCGACCCCUUCUGGGACAUCUCGCUGGACCUGCCGGGCUCCUCGACGCCGUUCUGGCCGCUCAGCCCCGGCUCGGAGGGCAGUCUGCUGCUCGCCAACGGCGGGGAGGGCCACGCGGCCGCGGGCCCCACCUCGCUCACCGACUGCCUGCGCAGGUUCACACGGCCCGAGUACCUGGGCAGCAGCGCGAAGAUCAAGUGCAGCGGCUGCCGGAGUUACCAGGAGUCUACCAAGCAGCUGACGAUGAAGAAGCUGCCCAUCGUGGCCUGCUUUCACCUCAAGCGAUUUGAGCACUCGGCAAAGCUGCGCAAAAAAAUCACCACCUACGUCUCUUUUCCCCUGGAGCUCGAUAUGACGCCGUUCAUGGCAUCAAGCAAGGAGAGCCGCGUGAACGGGCAGCACCAAGUGGGAGGAGACGCCCUGAGCAGCGAGAACAAGUACUCGCUGUUUGCGGUGGUGAACCACCAGGGCACGCUGGAGAGCGGCCACUACACCAGCUUCAUCCGGCAGCACAAAGACCAGUGGUUCAAGUGCGAUGACGCAAUCAUCACGCACGCCGGCGCGCGGGACGUCCUCGACAGUGAAGGGUAUCUACUGUUCUACCACAAGCAGUUCCUGGAAUACGAGUGAAUGGUCUUGGAACGUAAAAAAUAGCCCCUCCGCGGCUCGACCUGACUGCGUGAUACGAGGAAACGGAAUACAAAGUGGAGUGGAAAAAACAAAACAAACUAAUAACUGCAUCUACCUGAAGUAACCGCGAACUAUGAGAGAGUACUGGAGAUACUUGAGAAAAACCCUGACCCUGGACGGCUGGACGGGGGGACGGGAGCUGACGGCUGCUACCAUUGUAUUACAUUGAAAUGGUUGGGCUGCAUUCCCUCAAACGAACGAAUGUUUGUGAUGCACUGAUGCUCUCUCGCCCGCCGCCGCCGCCACUGCUGCGGCUGUGGCUCCAGGCCAGCGAGCAGAGCUUGCCUCUAGGCGGCCACUCAGACCUUUGCUUGGGCUCCUCCGUAUUAAAAGAGAGAGAAAAACUUUAAAAAAAUAUAACAAAAAAAAACUUGUGACUCACUACACAUCCAGUAAUUGAUUAUUGUGCCAGUUUACAAAGCUACCAAAAUGAGGUGCAAAUGAAUCCUUUGUGCAAGAUAUGCUCUAGUUUUUCUGGGUUCCUUGCGUUGUUGGAAAUAUUUGCAUAAAGGUUUAUUUUGUUACGUCAUGGAGAGUGGCUGCGCCGACAAAGUGACGGUGUUUGUGACGGUGUUUGCUGUGUUUAAUUUGUGAGUGAAGGUGUUUGGCGACCAGACGCCGAGAGACACCGGCCCUGUCUGCCACAAGCGAUCCUGGUGGUGGUGGUUUUACAUAGCCCUACUAGGCCCUACUAGGCCCUACUAGGCCCUACAUGGCCCUACUAGGCCCUACUAGGCCCUACAUGGCCCUACUAGGCCAUACUUGGGCCUACUAGGCCCUACAUGGCCCUACUAGGUCCUACUAGGACCUACAUGCAUGGCCCAACUAGGCCCUACAUGGCCCUACUAGUCCCUACUAGGUCCUACUAGGCCCUAUAUGGCCCUACUAGGUCCUACUAGGACCUACAUGGCCCUACUAGGCCCUACAUGGCCCUACUAGGCCCUACUAGGUCCUACUUGGCCCUACAUGGCCCUACUAGGCCCUACAUGGGCCUACUAGGCCCUACAUGCUCCUACUAGGCCCUACUAGGCCCUACAUGGCCCUACUAGGCCAUACUUGGGCCUACUAGGUCCUACUAGGCCCUACUUGGCCCUACUUGGCCCUACUAGGCCCUACUUGGGUCUACUAGGUCCUGUUAGGCCCUACUAGGCCCUACUUGGGCCUACUAGGCCCUACUUGGGCCUACUAGAUCCUGCUAGGCCCGGGCGCCACCUCGGGUGGCAAGGCCGGUGUUGAAAUCGCCAUCACGGCAGAGAUUUAACCACCACCACGCCGGGAGCGUGCCCACGGAUCUGUUUCUGUUGCUAGUCCAUCACGAGACGGAAGUUUAGAAAAAAACAAAUCAUGUUGUUGGUGCUGAAAGCACGCGUCUUACCACUAAUUCGUAACAAUGCAAUCGUGUAAAUUUAGUUCUGUGAAAUCGAUGCACAAUUUUUAUUUGCCAUAGACGAGUAAGAUAACUGAUUUGGCAGCUUUAAAGAUGUUUAAAAAAAACACUUGAUUUUGGGUGUUGCCUGGUGAAUGUGUGUGGUGGGGGUUUUUUUUUCUUUCUCUGUGGACUAAAUAUUUUUGAGGUGACAAAUUGCGUUGCAUGUCCUCAACUGGUUUUACAAGUACGGCCGUGAUACCGUUCAGACGGCUUCUCAGUGGCAAUGAAACGUGAUGUAAUGCAACCUUUGUGUUCAGUAGCGACUAAAAUACACCGCGGUCAACACGAUAAUGUCACGUUGUAGCAGUCACACUCUGAGCAAGGCAUAUUUUGAACUCAUUUUGCAGUAUUGGGAUCUCCAUGCAUAGCUUAUGUACAAUUUUUUUUUUACCUGUAGGUGAAUGUUACAGGCAUGUGAUGAGUCCUCAAUUUAACUAAAUCCUUAUGCUCACGACGUACGUAUCUUGCAUGUAAGCAUAAGUUAUAUUUGUUUAUUUGUACAAAUGUAGAAGGUGUUUAUUUACAUUGAUGCAAGCGGUGUGGCGGAACACGGGUAAAAGUAACACCGUAGAGAUUGGAUGGUAAAUGAUGGUGGUGGUCAUUAGAUGAGGCUAUAGACACGAGGCUGUAGACACGAGGCAGUACAAAUUACUUCUACAAACGAGACAGUACAAUUGAGAUGGACUGUACAGAUGAGACGGUACAAACAAAACCGCUCGAGAGAAAUCGAUUCGCGAUCAUGAUUCGCUAAGUCGCAGGACAAGCCAGCUGCUGCGACUGAGACGAUGCAAACAAAGCAGUUGCUUCAGGUGAGACAACAAUCAGGACGGCGCAGACAAGACGGGACUCGUGAGAUGGGGACAGACAGUACUAACAAUACGGACUGCAAGUGAGACAGUAAAAGCAAAAUGGACAAGAUUUGUUUUUCAGGAUGAGAGGUGCGGGGGAAGGACAACAAACUAAACACAGAAAGCAGUUAUAAAGAAAUUAGUUUUCAAUUUUGAUUUUAAAGUGCUUCGCUCCUAGUGGCUUUCAAACAUCAGAUAGAAGAGCGUUCCAGACGGCCGCAGAAGCACCGCGUCUGCAUUCGUGACAAUUGGUGGCACUGUAGGUGCCCAUCCACCGUUGUCUCCAGAGGGGCCACCCUCGCCACACGAGGUUGGCACCGAUUAUCGCAAGCCCACCCAGACAGUAGUGUCUUAUAAUUUCACAUUUAAAAUCCCCGAUUGUCAUUGACAAAAUAUUGCCUAUUGAGUGAAAGCAUCAUCGCCGGCCACAAUCCCCCAAAUAUUUUUUUAAACGCAAUUACUGCUUAAAUUUUUUUUCACGCAAUGACUAAAAAUAACCCAAGUUGUAUUUUCUUUUUACGAAAGGACGCUGGGUGUGUUUUUGAUAGGUGUGUGUGAGCCAGACGUUGGAUGUGUGAGCCAGCGUACUGGCCCAGAUUCCUUAUGUGACUCAUCCCUCCAGCUCCUGAAUGAUCGCUCCACCAGUGAAUUCCACCACUGUGAAGGACAACGCUUAGAAGUUUCUUGACUUAGUUGAUCACGGCCGAUAAACCCUUCGACUUAGGGGGGGUGGAGAGGGGGCGCGCGCAAAUAAAACUGUGGUUGGCUGUAAUCCCGCGUCUUGUGUUGGUGGCAUUCGAUCCAUUUUUGGGACCUCCCCCACAUUUAGUUUUAGCCGGUAUCAAGAUGAAGUUGGCUUUCUUGUGCUCCUCUGCACCGUAGCGUUGCAGUCGAGGGUUUUUUUUACGUUUAAAAGGCCAAAAACAAUUAUUGACACCUGCCAAUAUUGCACUGUAUGGAACGCCGUGUUGGUGCAGUGUGUAAGCAGGGACGGGAUAGCGUGGCUCCGGUGCCACCGUACGGGGCAGCGCGGUCUGCACGUGGCGGUCGUGGGUGGAUGCCACGCGGGGAUUUCUGCCCCCCGUGUCCCCCCAAAAGACACAUUUUGUCACCUCAGAAAUGUGAUUUUCUUUCUGUCUUCUGUUGAUAGUGAAAACUCGGCAAAGCGGCACCACGUUGUGCAACGGUGAAAGGGAAAUGGGCCACAAACAUAUCCUUUGCACAUUUUUUUGCUGUAUUUCUAAGAAAUGUUAUUUUUGUAUUAGUUAUUUUUUUUAGUUUUUUGUUCUAACGUGCCAAGGUAUUGCCAUCUCGUGUGCACAGCUGCUCUCGAUGGGUUACAUUUCUUAAUUGAUGGUUGUUAUUUUUUAUCUCUACGUUUGUUGUAGGUGGCGUGCGUUGUGUUUUUGGUGUUCCGUGAGAAACUCUCUCCGCUCCGUCGGGGCUGCGUUUUGCGGUAAUUGCGUUGCAUAUCAGGCACAAUGGCCGUGUCACCGGCCUUGUCAUUGGCCGUGUCACCGGCCUUGUCACUGGCCGUGUCACCGGCCAUGUCACUGGCCGUGUCAGGCGCACUGACCGUGUCACCGGCCGUGUCACCGGGGUGUCACUGGGUGUGUCACUGGGUGUGUCACUGGCCGUGUCACCGGCCUUGUCAUUGGCCGUGUCAGGCGCACUGGCCGUGUCACUGGCCAUGUCACUGGGUGUGUCACUGGGUGUGUCACCGGCCAUGUCACCGGCCAUGUCACUGGCCGUGUCACUGGCCUUGUUACUGGCCAUGUCACUGGGUGUGUAACUGGGUGUGUCACCGGCCAUGUCACUGGCCGUGUCACCGGCCGUGUCACUGGCCGUGUCACUGGGUGUGUCACUGGCCAUGUCACUGGGUGUGUCACUGGGUGUGUCACUGUCCGUGUCACUGGCCGUGUCACUGGCCGUGUCACUGGGUGUGUCACUGGGUGUGUCACUGGCCUUGUCACUGGGUGUGUCACUGGGUGUGUCACUGUCCGUGUCACUGGCCGUGUCACUGGGUGUGUCACUGGGUGUGUCACUGGGUGUGUCACUGGCCGUGUCACUGGGUGUGUCACUGGCCGUGUCACUGACCGUGUCACUGGGUGUGUCACUGGCCGUGUCACUGGGUGUGUCACUGGCCGUGUCACUGGGUGUGUCACUGGCCGUGUCAGUGGCCGUGUCACUGGCCGUGUCACUGGCCGUGUCACUGGGUGUGUCACUGGCCGUGUCACUGGGUGUGUCACUGGCCGUGUCACUGGGUGUGUCAGGCGCACUGGCCAUGUCACUGGCCAUGUCACUGGGUGUGUCACUGGGUGUGUCACUGGCCGUGUCACUGGCCGUGUCACUGGGUGUGUCACUGGCCGUGUCACUGGGUGUGUCAGGCGCACUGGCCAUGUCACUGGGUGUGUCACUGGCCGUGUCGAAGUCCAUCUUGCACUGAGGAGUGCGCGCAGCCGCUUGGUCUGUGCCCAUCUAACAGUCUGUGAUUUAAACAACAAAAAUACACGGAACUAAAUAAAUUCCAUCUGACCAAA